CGGAACUUUUUGGAGGACGACGGAGAGCAGGCGCGAAGGCAACGCAGCAGCUGUUGCAACGCGCGUACUGGUGCCGCAGGAGUCCUCGUGUGGCUGCCCGCAGGCAUAACAGCGAGGAGCGCUGCUGCCCCGAAUCAUCAUAGACAACUCCGCACCCGGGCAGCAUCCAAGCCACCAUGAUGGUCCUGCGCCUCAACACGUUGAUGGUCCUAGCGGUCGCCGCGGACGAGUGCAUGUGUCAAUUAUUUCCGGUGCGCGGCGGCGACGGGCAGCUCAAGUUCGCGGCCAACGACGACGGCAGCUGCAUCGCGGAGAAACUCUUCCGGGCGCCGCGGCUCGAGGCGGGCGAGGAGCUCAUCGUCGGAGACACUAAUGUUAUGGACCGAGUAGAGUCCAUCCAGAGUAAAGCCCUCCAAACGCGGGAACAGCUGGACGCGCGUGACGCCGAACUGGAGCAGGCACUGCAGGACACGUUGGAAUACUUAGAAGCCAAGUCCCUCGGAUUACAGACAAACCUGACCGCGACGCAGGAAGAGCGCGCCGCGGCACUUCUGGAGGAGAUCCAGCGCAUCGAGUCGCAGGAGGUCUCGGACGCCGAGAGCUUCCGGACGUCGAUCGAAGGUCUGAGCGAGAGCUUGGACGCGCACAAGGUCGCGUCCGACGAAAAGCUCGAGUCGGUCUCGCUAGCAGUUCGCGAGUCCGCCGAGGCGACGCAGACCUACCUCGAGGAGGCAAUCUCCGAGUGGGAUGUGAAAUUUGAAGAAGAGCGGGAGAGGGCCGCAACAGUUGCGACGGAACAUGCUAACGCCCUCGACGCAAAAAUCACGGAGGUGGAGACCGUGCGAGCCCAGGCGGAGGCCGUGCGUGACGAGGCCGUGCGGGAGCGCAACGCCCAGGUCGAUGCGGCGUUUGUAGACGCAACGACGUUGAUCGAAGCAAAUAAGAUCAUCGCGGCCGAGGACCUCGCCGCGGCCACGGACGCGUCGGAGAAGCGCUUCUCGGCGGUCGAGGCAGCGGCGGCCGCCGACAAGGCGGCCGCGGCGGAAGCGCUCCAAGCGCAGGAAGCGAUGGUCGCUGAACGGUUCUCUGGGGUUGACGAGCGGUUCACUGCCGAAACUGCGGCUCGACAGGCCGAAGCACUAGCCACGAAAGAGGAAAUCGACCAACAGCUCAAAACGAUGGAAGAGGAGCGCGUGAAGAGGGAUGAAGCCUUCAUAGCUGACCAGGCCGCGAAGGAGGCCAAGCGCGCCGAGGCCGACGCGAUCCGCAAAACGGAGAUCGACACAGCGAUAGCUGAGGUCGACGAGCGGCGCGCAAAAGACAAGACCAGUGCCCAGGACCUACGGACAGCGGACCUCGCCACCAUCGAGCAGCGCAACGCCCAGGUCGACGCCGCGCUCGAGGCCGCCCAGGCCGAGGUUGAUGACAAGUUCGCGAAAGCCGAGGCGAGCCAACUCGAGGACAAGGUCGAGCUGCUCGAGGCGGCGGCCCAGAGAGACAAGGUCGUGGACGAAAAAUUUGCAGCCGCUGAUGAUAAAUUCGCGGCUGUGGAGGCGCAGAGGCUCGAGGACGCGGCGGCGGCGGCCACCGCUCAGGAGGCGCUCAAAGCCGAGGUCCAGGAGAAAGCGGCGCAAGCCGCGGUCGACGAGAAAUUUACGCAGCUCGAGACCGUACGCCAGGGCGAUCUGCAAGACGCGGAGGAGAAGCGACGGCUCGCGAGUGAGGCCGUCGAGGCGCGCUUCAGCGCCGUCGACGAACAGCAGGCUGCGUCGACCACAGCUACCGAGGAGUUAUCCAAGCGGCUCGCCGACGUGGAGACCGUUGCGGUGCUCGCGGACGAGACGAACGCGGCUCAGGACGAGAGGCUGUCGACGCUGGCGACCGAGACGGACGCCAAAUUGACGGCAGCGCAGGAAAAGGCUCAGGAGGUGGCGACGGCGCAGGAGCAGGCGAUGACGGAACGCUUCGAAGGGCUUGAGGCUCAACGGCAGGAACGCGAAGCAGCUGCUCUAGCGGACCAAGCCAAGCGCGACGAGGCGGCGGCCGCCGAAGCACAACAAAGGCAGGAAGCCCUGGACGCGCGCUUCACGGCCAUGGACGAGGCGCGUGCCGCGAAGGACGCCGAGGAACGCGAAGCCCUCGACAAACGGUUCACGGAGCUCGAUACACAGCUUGACGAGAGACAGAAGGCGACGGACUCUAAGUUCGAGGAAUUAUCAGAGCGGCAGACGGCGAUGCAGACAGCGCUGGACACUACGUUCGAAGAUCUCGACAAGCAACGGGGUGAAAAAGACAAAGAGGUCCAGGACAAAUUCGAGGCGAUCGGCACCACGAUCACGGAGCUCGAGUCCCAGCGCGAGGCCCAACGCACGCAGGACGAGUCCCAGCGCGAGGCGCGCGCAAAAGAAAUCGACUCGAGGUUCGACGCCGUGGAAGAGAAGCGGCUGGCCGACGACGAGCGACACGCGGCGCAGACCGCAGCCAUCUCCAAGGAGUUUGAAACGGCCGAGGAGAACAGGCGGACCGCCGCUGCUUCCGCGGCGGAGGCGUUACUCAAACGCGACGAGGUCGUCGACGGCAAGUUCCAAACGGUCGAACAGACACACACUGAGUUCGUGAGCGCCAUGGAGGAAACGUUCGAGGCCCUCGACGUGGAGAAGCAGGAGCUCGUAGGCCGCGUAACCGAUGUGGAGGCGAUCGCCGUGCUCGCAGAUGAGACUAACAAAGAGCAGGCGACGCAGAUCGAAGCCGCUGAGGCCAAGGCCACGGCGGUUGCUGAGGCGACGGCGGCGCGCAACGCCGAAGUCGACGGCCACCUGCAGCAGCUGCGGGACGACGCGGCCGCCGUCGCGACGGCCGAUGCCGAGAGGCAAACGGCGCUGGACGCUCGGCUGACCGAGCGCGACACGAAAGUCGACACUGCGCUGGCGGAGACGGAAACCAAGCUCACGGCGGUCGACACGCGACACGAGGAGUUCGUGGGCGCGAUGCAAGAAACAUUUGAGGCGUUCGACGUCGAGUCGAAAGCCAUUGAGACGCGCCUGUUGGAGAAAAUGGACGCGGUGGAGGCGGACCGGCUCGAGCGGGAGGUGGCGUCCGCCGAGGCGCUCGAAACUUGGUUCACGACGCUGGAGGCGGAGCGUGUGGAACGUGAGGAGGCUGCAGAGGCGGCUCGGGUCGAGCGUGAGGCGACCGCGGCGGCGGCGCUGGCAGAGCGGGAAAAGGCCCUAGAGGAGCGCUUCCAGAAGCUCGACGACGAGAGGAUCGCAAGGGAGACAGCGUCCAAGGCCGAGCUCGAGGAGCGCUUUGCUACGCUCGAUGCUGAGAGGCUCGAGCGCGAGGUGGCGCUCGAGGAGCGGUUCCAAAAGCUCGACGCCGAGCGGAUCGAGCGGGAGGCCGCUGCUGCGGCCGAGGCCGAAAAACGGGAAGCCGCGCUCGAGGCGAAAUUCGCGGAAAUCAGCGCCGACAUUGACGCAAAAGCCAAGGCCGCGGAAGACGCGGCGGUCGCGCGCGCCGCGGAAAUCGAGGCCGCACUAACGGGCGCCCUGACGGAGCAGGAAGCAAACUGGACGAAGCGAGCAGACUUCGGCGACUCCAUCUCCACCGCGCAGCAGAGCCUCCUCGACCAGGUCCUGGCCGUCCUCGCGCGCGACACGGCGGCCGAGGUGAAGGCCAUGCGCGACGCGCGGGCGGCGAUCGCCGCGGUCAAGGCCUAGGCCCCAGUUUAAGAAUUACGAUAGA